UCCUAUCCGGUUUGAACUAGUUCUCCUGGCUGUGGCAUAUUAACCGCUUGCCUCCGCCGUGCAGCCAGAUAGUUCUUUGUGAGGACUCCAUCUAGUGCAGGACGAGGGAAGGGAUUUCAGCGCUGACGAACUCCCCUAGGCUUGGAGACUGCCAGAGGGAUUUUAUCUAGUUUUUUUUUUAUUUUUCUCACGUCGGUGAAAAAGCACAAAAAAACCGGUCGCCAUGCCUAAGAGAAAGGUUAAUGCAGCUGAAUCUGGUGAUUCCAAGGAUGAGCCCAAGAGAAGGUCGGCACGGUUGUCAGCUAAACCGGCUCCACCAAAAGCUGAACCAAAGCCCAAGAAGGAAAAGGCAGCAGUAAAGGAGAAGACUGAGGACAAAAAAGUCGCAAAGGGAAAGAAAGGAGCUAAAGGUAAACAGACUGAAGAAGCUAAUAAAGAAGAAGCUAAGGAAGACCUGCCAUCUGAAAACGGCGAGACAAAAGACGACGACGAGGCCCCAGCAUCCGACGGAGAGAAGGAUUCCAAAUCUGACUAACCUACAUCUGUUCAAGUCUUUUAUCAGUGGUUCCUGUACCUCCCUUGUACAAUUCAGAGGAAUAUUUUUAUCAGCUAUUUUGUAAAUGCAAGUUUUUUAGUAGUUUAAUUCUAGAAAACACAUUUUUAAAAUAGGAGGGAAUCCCACCACAUCUGUUUGACAUUUUUUUUAAUUGUAUUAAGCGUUCGAUGGCUGUUAGGCCCAUCAUAUCCAGUUGUAAUUGAAUGGCAUGUUUGAGCGAGGAUGGAGCGGGGCUCGAACCCGUAUAGUUUUCUUCUGACAAGACGGUUAAACACAACAUUUUUGUUUUCCCUCUUUUCAUGACCUAACGCCUUCUGCUAUCUUGCUAGCGGAUUCCCUGACGAGGAGUUGGGGGAUGGCACAGCCCAGUGUUUCCUAUACUGGUUGAAAUGAGUGACAUUUUUUAUUUGUCUUAACAUUUUAACUGUUCUCUGUACCCAUAUUGUCUUGCGUACAAUUUAUACAACCUAAUAAAAGAAAAUCCCCUGGUGUUGGAUUUCCCUCUAAAAAAAAUUGUGUACUUAUCUGUGAUGUUACCAUAUUUUUCCUAUUUUUUUGGGUAGUGGUAUUAUAUUUUCAUUUCAGUAACUAUGUAAAAGUGCUGUGAAUCUUUUUGAAACCUUCGAGUGUGUAGUGAGUGUGACGUGAAGUACUGGGAAGUUACGAAACAAAAAAUUAAUUACAAAGCGGUUAAACUGUCAACCACUUCACUCCCCAGGGCGGCUGCAUCGUUUUUAUUUCUUAGACUUUUCCGCCAUCUCCCAUUUGUAGAGAAUGGGUCUUAAGCUAACUCAUUGAAGAUACUGGUACGAGGGGUGCUGUUAUUUUUUACAAAAAAAAACAACUUGUAUUUUGAACUUGGAGUUGAAAAAGCCGCUAGUUUUUUGGAUUCUGAUUUUUCAUUCAUGUUUUUAUUCCUAGAUUUCCAUUCUAGAGCUUAAGGUUACAAUGUACAGAUUGUUCAUAGUGUCUGUGUACUGAUCACCAAACCAAUAAAACCUGGUUGAAAAAAACCUUA